GAUGGGUCUUCGAUAUUUAUUCUUAUGCGGAUUCUACAUUUCUCAAUAUCUUUAUGCUCAUGGAAAAGAUGACUGUUUGUUCUGUUCCCAAUCAGUUGACACAACUCGUCCAAGAUUCAUCAAUUGCCCUAACGAUAUACUUGUGACAGCUGACGGGGGAACGCGGACAAAGUCUGUUAACUGGACAGAGCCACAGGCAAUAGAUGCCAGAGGCGGAUCUGUAAUUGUAAAUAGAGUGAAGGAAAUAUCGACCCAGCAACCAGGGGACACCUUCCGGGGCAAGACUUUAAUAAGUUACACAGCCCGGGACGAUAUAGGAAAUAUGGCAACGUGCUCCUUUACCAUUACAGUAGCAGUGUCCCAAUGCUCAUUCCCUGAAAUGCAUGAUGUGAUUAGACACUGUGACCAUUACGACACACGAUACGGAACCAAAUGCGAAUUUGGUUGUCACCAUGGUUACGUUCUUAAUGGUUUAAAGCAAAUCAAAUGCCAGAGUAAUGGGACAUGGAAUGGACAUUUCCCAACCUGUGAAGAGAUACUAUGUCCAUCACUUCCUCAAAGGAAAAACGGGUCUUAUUACACCUGUACUAAAGGGAAUCGAUACGGAAGUGAAUGUUCAGUUAUAUGUCCCCCCGGGUUUGACAUUCCUUCGGGACAAGAAAGGGUAAAUCUUUGCAACAAAAGUGGAAGCUGGCAAGUGAUAAUUCCACCAUGUGAAGAUAUUCUAAAGCCAGAAAUUAAAAACUGCACCCCUUUGGCUUACGGAAUAGCGGAUGAAAAUUCUACAAUAGGAGAAAUUUACUGGGAUGAACCAUACGUCUACGAUAACGCCGAUAAAAGCAUUGUUUUAAAAAAGAAUGGUACCAUUUCACCCCGAGACAAAAUUGAGGCUGGGACGCACUAUGUAACAUAUACAGCUGAAGAUAAGACAGGCAACACCGCUAGACCGUGUACCGUGGCACUGUCUAUGAGAGUGUUAACUUGCAGACGACCUUACGGCAAUAAUUUCCUGUCUGUGAAUUGUCCUUGGGGAUAUCGAUAUGGAGCGCAGUGUUAUUUUUCAUGUAGAAUCGGAUCUAAAUUGGAUGGACCAAACAUCACAAACUGUGUCAGGAGCAAGGAUGGAAAGUAUGCCUACUGGGAUUGGGGAGAAAGACAGCCCAAAUGUUUAGUUCACAGAAGUUGUGCUGUUAGUCCUUCUCCACCAAAGAAUGGAGCUGUUGUUUGUGAUUCGUGGUUGAAAGGAAAGUUUUGCCAGGUUCAGUGUCAGAAGGGGUAUGACUUUAAGCCUGGAUAUCCUUUUUAUGAGAUGUUGGUUUGCGGAGACAGUGGAAAGGACCGUGGACUAUGGGUACCAAACAACGCCCUCCCUAUUCCAGAUUGUUCAAAGACACUCAAUGUAACAUCUGCUAAAUUUAAAAUGUAUGCAUCAUUUUAUUACGACGGAAAUUGCAUGGAUUCAGUAGUGCAGGAUACUAUUCGAAAAAAUUACAUCGAUUCCUUGUCUUCUUCUAAUUUCACUGACGUUUGCCUGCAAUACAAUAGUCUGUGUAAUCUAGCAAGUGUCACGAUCGAAUGCGGUGCUACAAGCAGGAAAAGAUCAGCAGAUAUGAAAAUUAUUGCUGACUUUAUCAUAGAAUCUGAUGAAUCUGAAUCAACACCAGAUUUCAUAAACAUUCAGAGUAAUAUGAUGGAUACCUUAAAAAACAAGAGUGUAAACGGAAGUCUCGUGAUAACCUUAGAGAAUAACGUAACUUUAACAUCCAACGAUCUUUCAGUAGCAAAGGUUACAUACGAGUGUCCAGAAAACACCUUCCCCUCGGACACAGCUAUUUCAUGUUUGGAAUGUUCAGCAGGUACCCACUAUAACGCAUCCAUCAAGACCUGUCUGCAGUGUAGUAAGGGUCACUACCAGUCAUCACCGGGACAACCCUUGUGUGAUCCGUGUCCGGAGGGAACCACCACCAAACAGGUUGGAGCCAAAUCCAAAGACGAAUGCUUAGAGGCAUGUCCCCCAGGAUACUGGUCUGUGACUGGGGUGAUGCCAUGCUCCCCUUGUCCACUGGGGUCCUAUGCAGAAGAAUAUGGUACCUCUGUUUGUACCUCCUGUCCCCGAUCACAAACAACACUGGUCCAAGGUAGCAGUGAAGCUACUGAUUGUACCUAUUUCGAUAUUCUCCUCAGCUCCUCCGAAUCAAAAGCUAUUGUCGAUAUAAAACUGACUCGUGUAGAAGAAGCAGUCAUUCUCAGUGCCUGGCUCCGAUUUCCUGUUGGCUUUAACAAGAUAUCAACUCCGUCACUGUUCUUUCAGAAUGGAGAUCUCUGGUCUGAAGAAAUAUUGAUAGAGCCUAAAACAAAUGAGCUAGUUGACAAUUCAUCCAUUACAAUUGAUGCCGGAAAAUGGAACUUCAUUGUGUUCCCAAUACAGAUAGAGAUGUUCAAUGACUCCUCCAUUUAUGAAAAUUCUUCAUUUACUUUAAAGUUAACAGGUCCACUUACUGUAUCUCAGCUAAACAUUUGGUCCUCAAACCACACUAAAGAAGAGGUAGAUAACCAACUCAAUCGUUGUAUCAUAAGUGACGAAGGAGACGUGUUGUCCUGGAAGGAUUGGAAACUUGCCUACCUAGAGGAGAGUACAAUACAGAUACCAAGCCUAUGUGACGAUAUAAAUGAGUGUGAUGAUCAUCCAUGUGGUAACAACACGUGCAUUAACGAACUUGGUGGGUUUACCUGUGAGUGUAGCCCGGGAUUCAGAGGGGAGCGGUGUGAGGAGAAUAUAGACGAGUGUCUGACCAACAUCUGUCAGAAUAACAGCACCUGCGUAGACGGCAUCAAUGGAUACACGUGCACGUGUCCACCGAACUAUAAAGGAAGAUUUUGUGAAUCACUUUUUUUAAAUGGUAACUGGAGUAUCUGGGGUGAGUGGUCGCAGUGUUCUGAAACGUGUGGUAGUGGAACAAAAAGUCGCCAGAGGUACUGUACUAACCCAGCCCCAUAUAACGGAGGAAAACUGUGUGCAGGCAACGAUACUGAAGUUACAGAAUGUUUUGUUCAAACGUGUCCAGUAUGCACAAUUCUGGAAGCACCUGUGAACGGUUCCUUGAACUGUAGUGGAACACCCGACACAGGAUUUAACUGUACCAUCAGCUGUAAUCGGGGAUACGCUUUUGAUGAGGGUGUUAAGCCGUUUUAUCCUUGGGUAGUAGAAGAAACUUAUAAUCCGAACGGUUAUCUUCCAACAUGUAACCCGACGAAGGAAAGUAAAGAAUUAACAGCUAAUUUUAUCGCAUAUUAUGAAAACCUUAUAUGUGACAACAAUAACCAUCUGCAUAUCAGCACUGAAAUUAGAAAGGUUGUCAGUGUCUUUCUAAGAGACCUUUCCUGCGGAGAGAAUAAGAUAUGCAAGCUUAUAAUUAGUGACGUCAUAGUCUUAAACUGCGAAAGGGGUGUUAAAAGGAAGAAAAGAGAAGUGGCAGAGAACCCAAUGACCGCUGGGUUUAAAAUCCAGUUCACCUGCUCCUCAAUAGACCAUAGCUCAGAAUUGUGUGCCAGAGAAAUUGUUAAUGCGAUUGCAAGUUUCAAAGAAUUGUCAUCAAUAGAAAGACUUGCUCUUAACAUAAGCGCCGAAAUUUACAUGAUAAAUCUAAAUCAGACAUCUGCAAGGGGGGAAAUUAAGUGUGAUGUGGGAUACAUCAGCUCUGGAGUAAACUGCGUACCAUGUGGAGUGGGAAGUUUUUACAGCAAUGGAGAGUGUAGAAAAUGCGACUAUGGUUUUUAUCAAGAUGAACUUGGACAGAUUGAUUGUAAGAAAUGCCCACUUGGAACUACAACUCCAGGGAGAGCAUCAAGGGAAAUAGGCAGCUGUUCAGUUCUGACUGAAGUGCAUGUUGAGAAGACCGUUGACGACUCGGAUGCCGGAAUCAUACUGGGUGUUACCCUUGGAAUCCUGAUACCCAUUGUUCUUGUUGUCAUUUUCCUUUUCUUCAAGUUCAAGAGAGUGGAGUUAAAAUUCGACAAAGUUGCUGACCGCUUGAAGAAGACAGACAAUCCGCUAUAUGACUUUAAUCUUGGUGAGGAAAAGGUAGAGGUUGUGGCGUUCUGUAAAAUGGACGAAAAUGAUGCCCCAAUGAGUUAAAAGAUCAAUAUUUUGUUAAAAGUUCACUCUCUCCUCAUCUCGUUAAAACAAACAGUGUUGAUUGAUAAUUUUUUUCUCUUAGUGUACAUUAAUUUCUUUCAAAGAUGCGCAAAAUAAAUUUUUAAAAAAUAUCAUUUCAAUAACUAAUGAAACAAGUGUAUUCUGCUCCUUUGAAACUUUCAUGAAAAUGAUACUGUUUUCUUUUUAUAAAAUAAAACAACUUGUAUUAUAAAAAGUAAACAUAACAGUCAAUCUAUACACAUUAUUACUCAAUUUAAAUAUUGUAAACAUGAAUUUUUGUAUAUAUUUGCAUUUUACUAAAAGAGAAUGAAAUAAAGGAAAACACACA